AUGACGACUUUAGCACAAAGAUGCCUUGGGAGGCAAAUAACGCCUCUUGACCUAUCAAACUCGGCUCUGAUUGGACAAGCUCAUAGUAACUACCACAACUCGAUUGGAAAGUUACAUUUUCUCGAUCUAGCUGAGAAAGCAAUGAAUGAACACGUGACCGUCUGUCUCUUGAAGAUCGCCGAGGUUAUUCCACCUUCAACUGCCUCCUCCACCGUCCCCGCGCCUCUCCACCGUCGCCGCGCCUCUCCAGCUAAAAAAGAAAUCGUAGGCGAAGGAGGAGGAGUUAUGGAAUCUCUAAACCUCGGAGAGUACGUCAAGUUGUUCGCUCCUUGUUUAGAAAUUAAACCCGACAACAAUUCUACCCAUUAUGCCACCAGGGCGUCUGGCAUUAUUGCCGCCAACAGCUCCACAAUCCUCAGGGCAUUGAUGGAUGAAAAUCAAUGGCCAUAUUUAUGUCAAACCAUAAUUGGUACGAGUGCACUUAUAGACAUAAUUCAAGAAGACAAUGGAACAAACUUGAAAAUGAUGUACGCUGAGCUGCAAGCGCUAUCGUCUUUGAUUCCUGUUCGGAAAGUAAAAUUUAUUCGAUUCAGCAGACAGGUUGCAGAGGGAGUAUGGGGAAUGGUGGAUGUAUCUGUUGAAAAUUACCAUGAUAUUUCGGAAACAAACCCAAUUAUAAAUUGUAGGAGGUUCCCUUCUGGAUGUAUUGUGCAAGAUAUGCCCAAUGGUGGCUCCAAGGUAACUUGGGUGGAGCAUUUGGACUUUGAAAAGAACGAGUUCAAUCAUCCAUUAGGAGUCAUGAGUUGCAGUUCGUCUUUUGGUGCUCAAAGGUGGCUUGGUUCACUCAAGAGACAAUGCCUAUGCUUGGCGAUUAUAACUUCUCCUCAUGAUCAAAUUAGCGGUAAAAUAUGUUUUUAA